AUUUUACUCCAUUUGCUCCAAAAAGAAACUAAGUGAAGAUGAUGCUGGAUCUAGGUCCCUUCUCGGACGAGAAAUUCGAUCCGAAGAAAUGGAUCAAUUCAGCUUGCCAGACUCGCCAUCCACAGGAAUCUCUGGACAAGCACCUGGUGGAUCUCGAAAUGAAGCUUCAAAUGGUGUCAGAGGAGAUCGCCGCCUCUCUCGAAGAGCAGAGCGCAGCUUCCCUCCUCCGCGUCCCGCGUGCCACUCGCGAUGUCAUUCGCCUCCGUGAUGAUGCCGUCUCCCUUCGCAAUUCCAUUUCUGCAAUCCUCCAGAAGCUCAAGAAGGCUGAGGGAUCCUCGGCGGAAUCUAUAGCUGCACUUUCUAAAGUUGAUACCGUCAAACAAAGAAUGGAAACCGCUUAUGAGACUUUGCAGGAUGCUGCUGGCUUAACUCAAUUAAGUUCGACUGUAGAGGAUGUAUUUGCCAGUGGUGAUCUUCCGCGAGCUGCAGAAACCUUGGCCAACAUGAGGCAUUGCUUGUCUGCUGUUGGAGAGGUUGCUGAAUUUGCUAACAUUAGGAAGCAACUUGAGGUAUUAGAAAGUAGGCUGGAUGCAAUGGUACAGCCUCGUCUAACAGAUGCAUUGUCAAAUCGCAAGAUUGAUGCUGCCCAAGAUUUGCGGGGAAUUCUCAUUCGAAUUGGGAGAUUCAAGUCUCUGGAGAUGCAUUAUACGAAAGUUCACCUAGAACCCAUAAAGCAGCUCUGGGAAGAUUAUGACUCUAGACAACGAGCUAGUAAGUUUGCGGGUGAGAAGAAUGAAUUAGAAAGGCUAUCAGGCAAUAAUGACUUGCCUAUGAUUUCAUUCUCAAGUUGGUUGCCAAGUUUCUAUGAUGAGUUGCUGCUUUAUCUUGAGCAAGAAUGGAAGUGGUGUAUGGUUGCUUUUCCUGAUGAUUAUAAAAUUCUUGUACCAAAACUACUAAUUGAGACAAUGCAAGCUGUAGGGGCUAGCUUUGUUUCCCGUAUCAAUCUUGCCACUGGAGAUGUUGUUCCUGAAACAAAAGCGCUUGCAAAAGGCAUAUUAGAUAUUUUAUCUGGAGAUAUGCCAAAGGGUAUCAAGAUUCAGACUAAGCAUCUUGAGGCCCUUAUUGAAUUGCACAACAUGAUGGGGACAUUUGCAAGGAAUAUUCAGCACCUAUAUUCAGAAUCUGAUCUCCGAGUUUUAUUGGACACACUGAAGGCAGUUAACCUUCCUUAUGAAUCAUUUAAACAGAGGUAUGGUCAGAUGGAACGUGCCAUCCUGUCUUCUGAGAUUGCAGGGGUUGACCUAAGGGGAGCUGUCACUCGUGGUGUGGGAGCCCAAGGAAUUGAACUGAGUGAAACAGUUCGGAGGAUGGAAGAAUCUAUUCCCCAAGUUAUCGUACUUCUUGAAGCAGCCGUAGAGAGGUGCAUUAACUUCACUGGUGGCUCUGAGGCAGAUGAACUAAUUCUUGCCCUUGAUGACAUCAUGUUACAGUACAUAUCUUUCCUGCAAGAAACCCUUAAAUCACUGAGAGUUGUCUGUGGAGUGGAUAAUGUCAUUGAUCCAAGGAAGGACAUGAUCUUGGAGAAAAAGGAAGGGAGCCAAAAUGUGCGCAGAAUAGACUCAGUGUCAAAUGAAGAGGAAUGGUCCAUUGUCCAGGGUGCUUUGCAGAUACUAACAGUUGCAGAUUGUCUAACGAGCAGAUCCUCUGUCUUUGAAGCUUCCUUGAAAGCCACUCUAGCUAGACUGAGCACAAGUUUGUCUCUUUCAGUGUUUGGAUUCAAUUUGGACCAAAACCAGUCACACAUUACUGCAAAUGAUGGAAAUGGGGAACAAUCCUUGGGUGGAAGGGCUGCUUUGGAUGUGGCAACUGUCAGGCUUGUUGAUGCUCCUGAGAAGGCUCGGAAACUAUUUAACCUUUUGAAUCAGUCUAAAGAUCCUCGGUUUCACGCACUUCCACUAGCAUCACAGAGAGUUGCAGCAUUUGCUGACACUGUGAAUGAACUUGUCUAUGAUGUGCUAAUAUCUAAAGUACGGCAACGCCUCAGUGAUGUGUCUCAUUUACCAAUUUGGUCCUCAAUGGAGGAACAGAGUGCUUUCCCUCUUCCAACCUUUAGUGCUUACCCACAAUCUUAUGUAACCAGUGUUGGUGAAUAUCUUCUUACUUUGCCCCAGCAGUUGGAGCCCCUUGCUGAGGGCAUAUCUAGCAGUGAUGUCAACAAUGAUGAAGCUCAGUUUUUCGCAACUGAGUGGAUGUUCAAGGUUGCAGAGGGUGCCACCGCUCUUUACAUGGAGCAGUUGCGGGCUAUUCAGUACAUAACAGAUCGUGGAGCACAGCAGCUGUCUGCUGAUAUUGAGUACUUGAGUAAUGUGCUUUCUGCUCUAUCAAUGCCGAUUCCUCCAAUCCUGGCAACUUUCCACACAUGCCUCUCAACGCCCAGAGACCAGCUGAAGCAUCUUGUGAAAUCGGACGCUGGGAACCAGCUUGAUCUUCCAACAGCAAAUCUGGUGUGUAAAAUCCGGCGUAUCAGUUUUGAUUAGAAUUAUGCAAUAACACUCCUUAUAAAACAUUUUUUAUGUGCUUUCUGUGAAAUUUUUUAUGUUAAAAGGAUAGGUUACUGUUAUAAUCCUGCCCAUUCUUUAUUGUGAAUGCACUUUAACCUUCUAAA